GUGAAUUUCUCAAAAGGUGGUUUGUCCUCACUGUUAUUUUUACCAGCACUUUUUUUUUUUUUACUUUUACUUGAGGGAGGAGAAAUGGAAAAUUAACUGCUUGCCUUAGAGAAAUGCCUCAGCGAAAAGAGGAAACGUAGCAGUGAACAUCUUGGAAAAUCUCAGUCUAAAAAGUAAGUUAGUAAUACUUUCAAAAUAUAGAACUUGUAGCAGCAUUUCUUUGGAAAUAAUUGUGACUUUGUUACUUUUUCUCUCAUUUAAAAAAAUAUAUAUUCAUCCUAAUCAUUAAAAAUAUUAUUAGUCACAUAAAAGGAAUGUAUAUAUAGAUGUAUGCAUACAUAUUUAUAUGUCUGUGAAUCUUUAUAUACAGCUAUAUGUGAGGCAGAUUGACAACUCAAUUUAUAUAGGGAGGUAACGUAGUUAUUUGAAUGUACAACUGCUUCAUAAAUAACUUUUUGAAGAACAUUGUAUGCCGCAGCCCCAACUCAGUGUUCUAACCUGUUCUCAAGGCAUGCUAGCAGGUCAGAAACUGAAUUAUAUUUAUGCUUUAUCACAGGUGAAUGACUUAGUGUUUUCACUGAAGCAUGUGCACCAUGGUGAAUAUUAUGUAAUUCGGCACUUUUGGUGGGUCCAGAGAGCUAAUAUUAAUUUAUGUAAAGUGGAACUGAAACUGAAAACUCAGGCUGGGAUUAUAAAAUUCCAUACAGGGAAUAAGUGUGUCAUUUAAUUUAUUUAUUUUUUUAUGUUGCAGUCUUGUGUUAAAGUAGUUUAAAUUAUUAGUUUUUUAUAUCAAUCUACACUCAAUACCAUAUAAUAACAAAGCAAAAAAAAUAUAUAUUUUUUGACACCGUUGCAAAUAUAUUAAACAUAAAAAAAAACUUGAAAUAACACAUUGACAUAAGUAUUCAGACCCAUAACUCAAAACUUAGUUGAAGCACCUUGGCAGCGAUUGCAGUCUCAAGUAUUUUUGGGUAUGAUGUGACAAAUUUUGCACACCUGGUUCCGAGUAGUUUCUGCCAUUUAUCUCUGCCAAUCCUCUAAAUUGCUGUCAGGUUGAAAGGAACCACCAUAGGUGGACAGCCAUUUGGAGGGCCCUCCAGAGAUGUUUGAUUAUGUUCAUUCACAGAAUUGUCCCUAAGACACUCUUGGCUGUGUGCUUCAGGUGAUUGAUUGACCCAUUGCAAGGUUACCCUUCAGCCCAGUUUGAGGUCCUAAAUUAUCUGGGCAAGCUUUUUCAUUAAAGGACCACUAUAGUGCCAGGAAAUCAUACUCGUUUUCCUGGCACUAUAGUGCCCUGAGGGUGCCCCCACCCUCAGGGACUCCCUCCCGCCCAGCUCUGGGGAGAGGAAAGGGGUUAAAACUUACCUUUUUCCAGCGCUGGAUGGGGAGCUCUACUCCUCCGAUCCUCCUCCGUUCCUCCCAUUCGGCUGAAUGCGCACGCGCGGCAAGAGCUGCGCGCGCAUUCAGCCGGUCGCAUAGGAAAGCAUUCAUAAUUCUUUCCUAUGGACGCUUGCAUGCUCUCACUGUGAUUUUCUCAGUGAGAAUCACGCAAGCGCCUCUAGCGGCUGUCAAUGAGACAGCCGCUAGAGGAAUUGGAGGAAGGAUUAACCCAUUUGUAAACAUAGCAGUUUCUUUGAAACUGCUAUGUUUAUAAAAAAAUGGGUUAAUCCUAGAGGGACCUGGCACCCAGACCACUUCAUUAAGCUGAAGUGGUCUGGGUGCCUAGAGUGGUCCUUUAAAUAUACCUAGUAUUUUGCUGUGUUCAGCUUUCCCUUAAACCUGACCAAUCUCCCAAUCCCCCUUGUUUAAAGCAUCCUCAUUUACCAUGAUUCACUGCUUGGAUGGAAUUGCACAGGUGAUGAGUGGUGCCUGAUUUCCUCCAAGACAGGCUGUUUUGAAUCAAGGCAAAGAGUUCAACCUUUGUUUCACUAGACCCAUUUGAAAUGUGAGUGACCCAUUCUGCCAUAUAAUUUAAUUGUCACAGUAUAUUACAAUCUACACCAUAUUUUAUUUUUUGUAUUUUUUACAUAUAUUUGACGUGCACGGUCCGAUCAAGAUCUCUAGGGGCAAGGUACCCCACAAAAAGCCAUAUCGCUCGGUGCGGGGGAGGGGGGAUGGCUGACUAUCAGACUAAACUGAGGCGUUCCUGUAAAGCUUCGCACCUGAAACGAGCAACAAAAGUUUUAUCCCUGGCAAUACCUCACAGGAGAAUGACUAAUCUUUUGCCCCAACCAGCUGAUAACAUGGACCGCAGAAAUAAGAGAUUCCGAGUAUCUGAGAGCCCUAAUCUCCCCGAUAUUAGACAUUACUUCGAGAGGCCUGCUCUGAAAGAAAAUCCCAAGAUGGGGCCUGCGACACAACCCGCAACGGAGGACUUGGAGCAAUCAUAAGAGAAGGGGGAAUCCCCAGCUUCUCAUGACCACAGUGAAGCCGAUCAGGAAUCAGAGUCUGAUGAAGACUCAACACCCUCAACAAAGGGGGAUAUCAAGAGGCUGCUCCUGUCACAUAUUCUUCGUCUCCAUGUGACAAAAACAGAGAUAAUUACCUUCCGAAGAUAGUGGAGAGUCCCGUUCGGCGGUCUUCUGCUAUCAUGCCUGGCUUUUGCGGCAUGUCAGUGGACGCCAGCUGCUGCGGAUCCAUGCAAUUAUAUAGCCCCACGGUAAAGACAACAUCGACGUGUGGGUGACGUCACGCAAAAGACAAACACACACAUUUUGAGGUCAAGGGCUAGGUACAGCCAAUCGGAUCUGCAAAAAGGUUAUAUAAACUCUCAUAUUCCCUUACCUCAUUGCCCUGUCGUGGUUUCCCCUAGAUGGUUAUCCGAGAGUGUGUUCCUGAUCGUGUUUUUCUGGUUUCUGACUUUGGCUUCGUUUUGACUUCCCUGAUUUCUGGUACCCUUGACUUCUGGCUUUUCCUUAUCGCUGUGUAUCGUUCUGUGUCCCUGACCUCGGCUAGUUUUCUGACUAUUCUCGGGUACGUUAAGGCCCAGUAAGACGUUACUGAGAGGCAUUCCAGAAGAAGCCAGUGGGGAAGCAUUGCUGCUCUAUAUCCAGAGGCUAUUCACCACUAUGGGAAUUAAAGUGGGAGAUGACCCACCUGUGUUGCUGUCAACAUUCAGGAUCCGGAAGGCGGCCACAGCCACAGCUAACUCUCCAAGGGGCAUAAUAGAAGUGACCAUGGACAUAGUGGUUUGCUCUGCGAUCGUGGCCCACUCCAGAGCCCUGGGAAGCAUCACGUUUGAGAAGGUGACAUUGUAUGGAGACAUAUCCUUCGCAGUCCUCACAGAAACACUCGAGUUGGCUCCGGUUGUCAGGCUACUGGGAAACAGAUCAGUCCAGUACAGGUGGUGCACAGAUGGAGCCCUACUGGUCCCACACGGAGAUAAGACCCUUUCUCUAUUGUCGGACCAAGACCCAGAGACACUCUGGGAAGACCUGCAACUACACAGCGAUGACCUGGUUAAGACGCCUAAUGUAGAAAACAGAAGACCAACUAAGGGGGACCAAGGAGAGGGCACCUUGAAGAUACAAUCCAAACACCCAUAAAAGCGAGAAAGUGAUAGUGAUAGCCUAGCUAAUGGACAUCAUGUGCUCCUGAGAGUUUUUUCUAAUAUCUAAUUUCUCAAAAUUUUCUGCUUUUCUUCCUCUCCAACUCAACGAGGUACAUUAACCUGUAUGAUACCUUAUACUUUACUUUCUCGUUACCUUUAUGCUAUAGUGAAAUUCUCAGAUGAUGACUGGAAACGUCAUGUUGUAUUGCGUUGCUCCUAAUGUUACUUAUGUUGCCUGAUUUAAUUUCAUUCUCAGUUAUUGAUCCAAAUGUAUACAUGUGCAUACAAAACCAAUAAAACAUAAAUUGAAAAGAAAAUUUCAUAGCACUCCACUCAAUGUAUAGGAUUUCCGUAUACCAUUUGCUGUUUUUUGUAUAAUCGUGUGUGGAGGAAAGGGUAUUGCACACGAGUGUAUAGAGCUGCAAAAUACGGUUUUCACUAUAAGCACUUUUUUGUAAAAAGGAGAUUUAUCCAAAAGGAGAUUUUGUUUUUGGUUUAGAACUCACCUUUAACUUUCACUUCAACAAUGCCACUAUCAGGGAUCUUUGCGAAUUCUGCAAAGUCCCCAGACAGUGACAGUGAUGCUUUAAAUAGCUAUUUUACUUUAUAAACCUGGUUUAUACAUAGAUGUAAAUAUUAAAAUCACUGUUUAAUAAAUAUACCCCAAAUGAAAACUUGUAUGCUUUUAAUUAUGCAUUUUUUUUUACUAGAAGUCUGUUUAAAAACAGCUUGCAAAACCUGCAGUUCUCUUGUCUGUUGCUUUUGCAAACCCUCUCCUUCUUCCCCAGCCAGACUGUGGCUGUCCAAUCACAGACUUCCCAAUGCAGCUCAAUGAGAAAUCUUUGCAAGGCAGGUGUUCUGAGUAAUUGCUGCCUCUUCAGUUUAGCUCCACUGAGCUAACAAAACCAGGAAGUAAAUGAGCCUGUUGUCUGCUUGAAAGCCAAGGGGAUGUAACCAUUUUAAUUUAUAAUGGUAUCAAUUUCUAUUGAAAUCUGCAAUUUUUUGCAAAAUGAAAAAAAGAGGACACACUCGUCACACAUAAAGCUUCUCAGCAAGCUAAAGAAAUUUAGGGGUCUGGCGUAUACCUUUAAAUGCAGAAUCUGUGUAUACUUUGAUUUAUACUAAAAAUGAAAGAAUCUGCAACUUCGAAAAUGUAAAAAAAUGGGGAGCGGGGCCUGAAACUGAGGCUCCUGCUACAUCGACCCUUAACUGGCAAAAAUCUAGGGCUUACCACUGAUAAUUGGGCAGAAUAGCUUGCAGAAGUGCACAGGAGAUGGUUAGUGCCACCGUGGACUCCAAGAUUGGGAGCUUUGGGGCCCUGGCGGUACAAAACUUCGGAGCCUGCGGCUUAGUCUGGGAAGACACGGAUCAGACUGCAGCUGCCCUGCUCACAAGCCUGGAUGCCACACCUCCCAGACCCCGGUUCCCCACCCUUGGGCCGGAGGGGUUAUCCUGGCCCCCACUGGAAUGAUCUGAAGCUGAGCAAAAUGCUUCCUAAUAGGCAAGCAGGACGAUCGGGUGCGUUUGUGAAGCCAACAAAAUGGCGGCCCCAAGGCCCAAGCAGGGCGCGAGCACACUCAACGCUAGCAGGCAAAAUUACAAACUGAGGCAUUCCACCUCACCACUCGGAACUAUAGCAAUAGAGCCUUCCAACACUAAUCGGACUGCUCUUGGCUUACCUGACCAUCAUAUCCAGGGUCUGGGCCUGGUCCCCAUGACAGCAUUCCUGGGCCUUGAGCCCCUAGAGGACGUUCCUCGAACUGCAGCCCUAUGCCUGAGUGAAACACAUCAGCCAGGACUCCAGUUACUGGCCCAAUCUGCAUCCCGAACCGAGGGCACGAGCGGUCAGCUCAUGCAGAGCCCGGGACUGGCAGAAUGGUGCAUACUGGACCCAUCCUCGCCUCAGGCCUCCGUUUACACUACAAUCGGGUCGGAGAUGAAUGAGCCACAGGCAAGGAGGACCCAGCGAGCUCUACAGCAUGUCUUAUCCUGUAGCGUGGUGGAGUGGAACCCGAGAUUUGCCCACAGAGAACCCAGUGGAGUACACUACCAUGCAUUAGGGUUUUAAUGCUUGUCUCUAAGUUGGACUCACAUAAGACUCACAACUGCAAUAACACAGAUGUUCCCCAAUGUAUGCCGACGCCUACCCACAUAACCAUGCUUGCACAACUUAAUCUAAGCAAUACCUUCCCCAAGGAGCCUCUGAUCAACGAAGCACAACUCUGCACCUAAGGGUUAAAGAUGAACACCGCGUUGCUGAACAGGAGAACGUCUGGCCGACAAGUGCUAGCGAUGGGUCCAAACCAAAGGGCUCCAUCAGAGGGGCCAACAGUGACAGAAAACAGAACAUUCCUGUACUGGGCAUAGGCUGAAGUGCCCAUUACUCUUUCUCACAGCUGACAUGCCUAACUUCUAAUCGUGAGAACUCGAUUUCGGAUGUCGCUAUGUAUGACUAGUUUACCAUGAUGCUUUAUUAGUCUAUAUUUCCAGUAUUUUUCUUUUGUUCAGCCUGGUGCAACCUUUAUAAUUAGGUGUUGGGCUUUGGUAUGAGGAGUGCCCUCAGGGGCUCAAGGCCCAGGAAGGCUGUCGUGGAGGCCAGAUCCAAGCCUGGGGUGAGGUGUGAUGGGGGUGCUCUCCAGUGUUGUCCCGAGUCAGGGGAGAAUGCUUCCAUUCGCAGUGCUGCCCGGAGAUGGAGAGUGUAGUUGGACUUUGAGGCCGCCAUCUUGCAGGCAGGGCUCACUUGUUCCGGCACCUCGUGUUUCGCUGGGGAGUUUGUGGAGGGUCGGCUCCCGCCAGUGGAGACCGGGAUAACCCUCCCGGUCCAAGGGGGGGGAGCGGGGCCUGUGAGGCACGUCACAGGGUCUUGGCUCGGCGGUUAGUUUUGCCGGCAGGGUUGCCCUCGGUUCACCUGUGCAGGCCGCAGGCCCCGAAGUCUCGUGCCACGUGGUCCCCGAAACUCCCGAUCUCGGAGUCCGCUGCGGCGCCCGCCAGUUCCCGUGCACAUUAGUGGUUUUCUUCUCCCAGUUGUCUGUGGUGAGGCCAUUAUUUCUUCCGUUUUAGGUUAGAGUCAGCAGGAGCCUCUGUAUGGACAGCAUGGCGGUCAGGCCCCGCCCCCCUUGUGAGCAUGUUUUAUUAAUUUCCCUCAACAUGAUUGGAUUCUGUGUAGCAAAUUACCAACCUUUACCCUACUCUAUAUCUUACAAGCAGGAAUACACAUCUAGAUAUUAUAACUAAAAAACAAUGUGCUGUGAAUCAGUCAUGUGAUGCUCUCUACUGGUUGAUAUUUUCUGAUGAUACCUUUUGCAAUGUCAAUGUUCAUUUGUGAAAUUUGCAAAGCACUACAAAAUUAAAGAAUUACCAAAAAAAAAAAAAGUGGGACUGACAUCUCUUUGGAAUUGACACCAUAAAUAAAUAAAAAUAAAUAAAUAAAAACAAUUUUAAAAAAAUGUAAAAUCAUUUAUGUAGAUAUUAAUGUAGAUAUUAUUUAAAGUACUAUUUCACUUUUUUUUUUUUUUUAAAUCUUGGCUUAUUUCAUAGAUGCCAGUGUUAAAUGCUGAAUGCUUAAUCUGGGAUAAAUUGGCAUCCAAGUAAAAAUAUAUGUCAUCUUGUCCAGUGCAGGGAGUCUCCUAUGUUCUGUCAUAUAGCUAAUAUGAACAUAUCUAUCCAGCAUUUUUCUCACUAGCCAUUGUUCCAGGUUUCAUCUAUACCAGCCUAUUAUAUCAUUAGUAAAGCACUAAAACAUCCCACAGUGCUGUGCAAUGAGUAAUAAACUAAAUCAGUUAUUGAUGACAAUUCCAUUUAGGCAAGAAGUGAGAAGGACUCUGCUCAAACAAGCGUUUGAAUACUGCAUACACUACAAUAGCUGACAUUCAAUGCACUUUCAAUACUGAGCUCUAAAAUCUUUUUUCAUCUUCUGAUUAAUGAAGAAGUUCCUAAAACCCAAAUUUAUAAAGGAACGGAAGACAGAUUAUAGUCUGGGUGGUCAAAAUGAAAGUCUGCAGCUGUUCUGCAGCUGCCUUGCAGCGUAAACUCUGUUAGUAAACAGGCCAGCUUUUUAGUAUGAAUGAGAAUUUUGGCCAAAGACGUCAAUGGUUUAUUUAUUAACAGUGUCUUUGUGUAUUUGAUUAUGAACAGGGGAGAGCUAAAAAAGAUACACUGGGUACAGUGCACACAGACAGCUUACCUUUGAAAGCAGAUUUACUGUGUCUGCAACACCUGUUGCUUCUCUUCAAUGACACACACUAAGCUAGUUUGUUAACAGAGUGCAUGGUUGUAAUGUAAGCUUUUUUUAAUUUCCUUUUUUUUUUGCUCUCCACCUUACUGUGUCCCAUUUAAUUGCAUUUACCUACCUGCUAGCCAACCAUUUCUGAUAUAUAUUAUGCACAAGCUUAUACACAGGUGCACAUACAUAAAUUACAUAAGCGUUCGCAUAGACACAUUUAUACAAAAUCUGCUCCAUUAGGCUGUUUUAGGUUCCCGGUGAUGGGACGUUUUUUUUCACCAACAUUUGCAGUGUUAUGGCUAAUUAUAAUUAUUAGCGACUACAUUCCCUAGGUUUGGAAAGACUAUCAUGAUUAUUCACAAAAAUUAGAAUUCAAAGUGGAUUGAAUGUGAAUUUCAAAUUUAAGGUCAAAUAGCCAAAGUGGAAAAAUUCUCUAAGUCAACUAUGCCUUCAGUUCGGCUACUCUGGCCUUAAAACUAAAAUUCACUUUGAAUUCUCACUUAACUUAAUAUCAUUCAAUGAUUCCUGCGGUACAAAUAAAAAGAGGAGAAUGAGAUGAGGAAAGGAAAGAGCAAUUUAGCUACAUCCAUACAAGGUGUUGAAAGUCCUGCAAUCAGGAUGUUAGUGACGCUUGGCUUGUCCUUGUUUAUAAAUUGUACAUUAAGAAACAAAAAUAGCCAAUUGGUUGGAAAAGGUCUAGUAAACUAUUUGCCAUUGUAUGUAAUAACUCUCAAAUGGAAUGCUGUGAGGAGUUAUUUCCAGUAUUUUUCAAACCUGGCUGUAAUCCUCUAAAUUUAGCAAAAUAUCUUUCAACUAAUUAGAGUUCACUUCCUAUAUAUAUUAUGUGUUUUAUUCACAAAUCUAAGAGUGAACUAAGUGACUUGUGAAAUUUUGGCCAAAACAGUAGGCCUGAAAAAAAAAUUAGUAAUGGAAAAAAUCGACAAUAAAUGAAAAAAAUUAAACAGAAAUAUAAAACUAAUGUUUCUCUGCCAAGUAAAAUGAACACCCAAUUUUUGGAGUAGCUGAAGUAUAACAAGUACCAAGAACAUCAUAGGAAUAAUAUUUUUCUCAGUUUUUCUUUUUAUUGCGUAUCUAGCGGUAUAAGUUUUAUUAGAAGCUUAAUCACUAAUUAAUAUGUUUUUUGGUGAAUUGGCAUUAACAGGGUUAUUCAAAGUGUAUUUCAAAUUUAGUGAGUUGACUUUUAAUUCCACAUUUUUCUCACUUUAACGAAUAACCCUGCAUGAUGGAACUUGAAGCCAAAAAGACAUUCUGGAAAAAGAGUCAAGAUGGAAUUUUUUAUUUAUUUAUUUUUGGCUCAACUCGUUUGGCAUAUACUUUUCCAUCUGGCUGUCAAAUUAUAUUGUCACCUCAAAUCUCUGCUUAGUGAAUAAACUCCAAUAUAUUUUACCAAAUAAUUCACAGUAUGGAAAAUGCAUCAAGGGUACAGACACUCAGAUUGCUUGUCACAGAGAAUGUGUGCAAUAGGAUAUUGUGUUUUUGUUAAUGUCCAAAUACCUUGGCAUUUACAAAUGACAACAAAAUGGCUUCUGAAUUAUAUACUGUUGGAGAUUUUGUUUUGUUUUUGCAUACAUUAUAGUCUUAACCAGUGAUUGAAAGCAGUGUGGGUUAAAAUAUUGUAUUAGUGAUUGCAAUUUAUUAUGUGUGAUUAUUUGACAGAUAUGACUGAAUUACUGCGAUUAAGCCUUACAGGACCAGGCUUAGUUUUUUUUUACUUUGACAGUCCUGACAAGUGAUCAGUCCUAAACAGGGCUGGUGCAAGGAUUUUUGGGUACACAGGUGAAGAUGAUUUUGGCGCCCCCACCCACCCAACCAAAAGCAUCUUCAUCUGUGUGCCCCUUUAGCCACCUUUUGUUUCUUAUCCCCUUUUUAAAAUGUCUUACCCCCUUUAGUGUAUGUUAUCCCCUGUGUUUACUUUCCCCAUUGUGUGUCUUAUACCUCCCCUGUGUAUCACUUACAACCCCCCUUUGUGUGUCUUACUCCCCCCAUCCCCUUUGUGUGUCUCCUUCUCUCCCAGCCCCUUUGUGUCUUUUACUCUUACCAGCUCCUUUGUGUGCAUGUCUUUCACCACCAGCCCCUCUGUGACUCCUUUUCCUCUUCUCCAGCCCCUCUGUGUCUCUUUCACCCCCAGCCCCUUAGUAUUUCCACACCAAGGCCCUUCUGUGUGUCACUUUCAUCCCCAGCCCCUCUCAUGUCACUCUGUGUGUUUUUUCUCCCCACUCAGGCCCCCCUGUGUUCCUCUCUCCUUCCCUCCAUAUCCAUUAGUGUGUCCUCCUUACCUGUCUCUUAGUGCCCCCCUUAUGGACUAAAUGGGGUUUGAAAGGAUUAAACCAUAACUAAGCUUGGAAUUCCUAGUAUCAAACUGUAGCAAACUGUUUUAGGGGAGAGUUCUGUUCCUCCCCUGUCCCAUAGUGUUCCUUACCACCCCCCUCCCCGUCCCAUAAUGUUCCUUACCAACCCCCUCCCCUCCCCUGUCCCAUAUAGCUCCUUACCACCCACUCCCCUCCCCUGUCCCACAGUGCUCCUUACCACCCACCGCCCUCCCCUGUCCCAUAGUGCUCCUUACCACCCACUUCCUUCUCCUGUCCAAUAGUGCUCCUUACCACCUACUCCUCUCCCCUGUCCCAUAGUGCUCCUUACCACCCACUCCCUUCUCCUGUCCAAUAGUGCUCCUUACCACCCACUCCUCUCCCCUGUCCCAUAUUUGUGCUUCCCCCACCCCUGUCCCAAAGUUUUCCUUAACCCCCAUCCCUUGUCCCAUAGUGCUCCUUACCACCCAUUCCCCUCCCCUGUCCCAUAGUGUUCCUUACCACCCCCCCCUCCUGUCCCAUAGUGCUCGCCCACCACCUCCCCACCCCCUGUCCCAUAGUGUUCCUUAACCCCAUCCCCUGUCCAUAGUGCUCCUACCACCCACUCCCUCCUGUCCCAUAGUGCUCCUUACCACCCACCCCUCCCUGUCCAUAGUGCUCCUUACCACCCACCCCUCCUGUCCCUUAGUGGUGUUACCACCCCCUCCCCAUCCCAUAGUGCUCCUUACCACCCACUCCCCUCCCCUGUUGUAUAGUGUUCCUUAUAACCCACUCCCCUCCCCUGUCCCAUAUGCUCCUUACCGACCCCACUUCCCUCUCCCAUAUGCUCCUUACCACCCACCCCCCUCCCUGUCCUGCAGUGUUCCUUACCCCGUCCCUUAGUGCCCCUCUCUAUCCCCCCGGUAGGUCUCCUACCUUUAUUGUAGUGUGGCUGAGCGGAGCAGACCACACAGGAACUUCAGUUUCCUGUACCCCGGACUGACAGGAAGUGCUUCCUUUCAGUCCUGCCGAGUACAGAAAAAAAUUAGUUCCUGUACCGCGGUGCAUGCUGCUCCACUCGGCCACACUACACAGAGUGCCUGGCAGGGAAGAGUUUUAGGGGAGAGUUCUGUUCUCUGAAUUCAUCGACAUACUAUCAUUUCAUAUCUCUUGUGAGUUACACAUACUGGGUACAUGUACAUAUACUCUGCUCCUCCUAUAAAUUUGAUCUGCAUAAUUUUGUAUUUAAGUGAUAUUCCAACACAGUUAAAAUUAAUACUUUAUAAAGUAUUUUUUUUAAGGAGGAGGGGGGUUCAAGUGCCGCUUUAAAGCUACGCAUAUUUAUUAUUUUACCCCUAGACAGGACAAAUGCACAAAGACUAGGUAAGUAAUAGAAGAAUUACACAAGAAACAAAGAUUGAUCUACGAGACACACAACCAAUAUAGAGCUCAAAGUAAAACCAUAGUAAAAAGGUUAUUCAAAUACAAACAUUUUUUUUAAUUCUUUUUUUAUUAUUUGAAACUACAGCAGGCAAAUAGUUAAGAUUUCGGUUAAGCUUAAAUUGCAAAAUCAAGACAUUGUAUAAUAGUGUGAACAAUGUUGGGAUUUUGUAGUCCAAAUAGCUUAAAAUGAAACCAAAUGAUUUUGCCCCAUUCGGUACGGGACCAUAUGGACUUAGUGAAUAACCCUGUGUGUCUUUCUGUCCUUGUUAACUUAGAAUUUGUGACCACCGGGUACCUAACAGUCUCUCAAUGUAUAACACAGCUCUGCUGUUUGAUCUUUAAGUACAGUAGCUCUAUACAAGUAAAAAAAGUACUGUAGCUCCAUACAAGUAAAAAAAGUAAGACAUAAUCACAUUUCACAACCUGGAAAAUAAGAAAUACAUUACUGAUGCUUAUCAUCAUUAUAUUGUCAUAUAAAGGACCCUGUGUAAGUGUAUAACAAUACAGCUAUUCUUUUACUCACCAAAUAACACAGAUGCUUUAUUAUUGAGAUAUUGGAUGGAAAUUCCAUUUUUGUCAUCAUCCCCAAGUCUCCAUUAUUCAAUAGAAACAGUCUGUUCAAAUGACUCAGAGUUGUGUGUUAUGGCACAAGAUUUCCAACAUGCCUUUAAACAAAAUGAUUUAUCUGUUUUUGUUUACUAAAAAAAACUAAAACUGAAUGAAGAAUCUGUAAAAAUUUAUAGAGAGAAGCAAUUCUUAAUAUAAUUAGGUGAAUUGUGAAACACAUGACACAAAUUGCCCAAAACAAUUGUGAAAUUACGCAAUAUACUUUUAGGUCUUUCGCUCUUAUUAUGAAAAACGUGCUUUUAUUAGAGGCUUCAACUAAACAUGGAAUUAACUCUUCACGUCUUAAAAAUUUAGUCACCACCAUAACUUCACAGCCUGCGUUAUACAGACCUUUUACUGCUAAAGGAGAAGGACAUUCCACUUUGGAAAAAUGAUAAUUAAAGGGACACGCAUUACUUUGAGACAAUUGUCUCAAUCAAAAGCUUUAGCUUUGAAUCAGACAGUCAAGCUGAUUGCGGUGGGAAUGCUGUGACAACACACCUGCACUUGGAUCAGUCCCUCAAAAGCUAAGUGCCUAAAAAUCUAAUUGCUUAGUUAAAAUUAACAAGCGUUGGUGGUGCUUUCAAUGGGUUCUGCUAAGUAAAGAAAAAAAAAGAAAGCAGAAAUAGUCAGAAAAGGAAAGGAAAUAGGAGAGGGAAAAAAAGGGGGGAGGAGAAUAAAAGGUAAGGGGGGGGGAAGGAAAAGGGUCUAAUUCACUUAAUUGUGUUUUGCAAGGCAGGGUAAGAGAGGGGUUAGGAGGGAGAAAAGGAGGAAGAAGGGUUUUUUUAAAAGAAGAAGAAUAUUAUCCCCUUCAGGAUGGAGUCAAUAGUGCAUGUUCUGAUCAAAACAAAACAUAAACAAAAACUGGAAUUUGCUCUAUAUGUCUGUUCAACCGUAAUUCACCGCUGUCACAUUAAGUGCACCCACACUUAUUAUAUAUAAUUUUGUUCAGGAGAAACAGGGCUUUAAUGUAUCAUUAACUAUUUAUAUAUGGAACAUAAUUUAUUAUAAAUAAAAUUGAAAAAAAUGUGAGAAAAGAAGAUUUUUUUUUUAAUUUGUAUUUCCGUCUGACAUUUUAGCUGUGAAUGUCAUAAUGCUGUUAGGUUUUACGGCAAAAGAAUGCCCAUAUUUGUAACCAGCAGUGUCUCACGAGUACAACAGUACCCCCCAUUAACAGGUUUUAUGGUGUUUUGGAAAGUUACAGGGUCAAAUAUAGAACGUUCCAUUUUCAAAUUUAAAUUUGCCAGAUUAGUAAUGUUACCUUUGAGACGGUGUGGUAGCCCAGGAAUGAGAAUUACCCCCAUAAUGGCAUACCAUUUGAAAAAGUAGACAACUCAAGGUAUUGAAAGUGGGGUAUUUUUAGUCUUUUUUAGUAGCCACUUAGUCACAAUUACUGGCCAAAGUUAGUGUUCAUAUUUGUUUUUGUGUGAAAAAAAGCAAAAAACUAAUAUUUGGCCAGUGUUUGUGACUAAGUGGCUACUAAGAAAGACUGGACAUACCCCACUUGCAAUACCUUGGGUUGUCUACUUUUGCAAAUGUAAUGCCAUCAUGGGGGUAAUUCUCAUUCCUGGGCUACCAUACGCUCUCAAAGGCAACAUAACCAAUCUGGCAAAUUUCAAUGUCAAAAAAAUGAAAUUUGAAACACUAAUAUUUGAGUUCAGCGAAGUCUCCUGAGUAAAACAGUACCCCCUAUGUACAGGUUUUAUGGUGUCUUGGAGAGUUACAGGGUCAAAUAUAGUGCUUGCGAAUUAAAUUCUCUGCACUUUCUCCCUGUGUUGUCAGGCAUGUCAAUCAAAUUUUAAUUAAUCAAAUCACAUAAUUAUGUUAAAAGAUUACUUAAAUCUACAUGUAGAAUUUUAAUAUAUAUGCAUUUAUAGGUAUUUAAAUUCUACGUGUAUACUAAUGUAAUAUUUUAUGUAAUAUGUAUUUAUCUAUAUAUAUAUAUAUUUGCGGUUAUUUGUAUUUUAUAUAUAGAUAGAUAUAUAUAGAAUGUCAUUUUAAGUGUAUUUUGUUACAUAUAUAUAUAUAUAUAUAUAUAUAUAUAUAAAUAUAUAUAUAUAUAUAUAUAUAUACAGGGAGUGCAGAAUUAUUAGGCAAAUGAGUAUUUUGACCACAUCAUCCUCUUUAUGCAUGUUGUCUUACUCCAAGCUGUAUAGGCUCGAAAGCCUACUACCAAUUAAGCAUAUUAGGUGAUGUGCAUCUCUGUAAUGAGAAGGGGUGUGGUCUAAUGACAUCAACACCCUAUAUCAGGUGUGCAUAAUUAUUAGGCAACUUCCUUUCCUUUGGCAAAAUGGGUCAAAAGAAGGACUUGACAGGCUCAGAAAAGUCAAAAAUAGUGAGAUAUCUUGCAGAGGGAUGCAGCACUCUUAAAAUUGCAAAGCUUCUGAAGCGUGAUCAUCGAACAAUCAAGCGUUUCAUUCAAAAUAGUCAACAGGGUCGCAAGAAGCGUGUGGAAAAACCAAGGCGCAAAAUAACUGCCCAUGAACUGAGAAAAGUCAAGCGUGCAGCUGCCACGAUGCCACUUGCCACCAGUUUGGCCAUAUUUCAGAGCUGCAACAUCACUGGAGUGCCCAAAAGCACAAGGUGUGCAAUACUCAGAGACAUGGCCAAGGUAAGAAAGGCUGAAAGACGACCACCACUGAACAAGACACACAAGCUGAAACGUCAAGACUGGGCCAAGAAAUAUCUCAAGACUGAUUUUUCUAAGGUUUUAUGGACUGAUGAAAUGAGAGUGAGUCUUGAUGGGCCAGAUGGAUGGGCCCGUGGCUGGAUUGGUAAAGGGCAGAGAGCUCCAGUCCGACUCAGACGCCAGCAAGGUGGAGGUGGAGUACUGGUUUGGGCUGGUAUCAUCAAAGAUGAGCUUGUGGGGCCUUUUCGGGUUGAGGAUGGAGUCAAGCUCAACUCCCAGUCCUACUGCCAGUUCCUGGAAGACACCUUCUUCAAGCAGUGGUACAGGAAGAAGUCUGCAUCCUUCAAGAAAAACAUGAUUUUCAUGCAGGACAAUGCUCCAUCACACGCGUCCAAGUACUCCACAGCGUGGCUGGCAAGAAAGGGUAUAAAAGAAGAAAAUCUAAUGACAUGGCCUCCUUGUUCACCUGAUCUGAACCCCAUUGAGAACCUGUGGUCCAUCAUCAAAUGUGAGAUUUACAAGGAGGGAAAACAGUACACCUCUCUGAACAGUGUCUGGGAGGCUGUGGUUGCUGCUGCACGCAAUGUUGAUGGUGAACAGAUCAAAACACUGACAGAAUCCAUGGAUGGCAGGCUUUUGAGUGUCCUUGCAAAGAAAGGUGGCUAUAUUGGUCACUGAUUUGUUUUUGUUUUGUUUUUGAAUGUCAGAAAUGUAUAUUUGUGAAUGUUGAGAUGUUAUAUUGGUUUCACUGGUAAUAAUAAAUAAUUGAAAUGGGUAUAUAUUUGUUUUUUGUUAAGUUGCCUAAUAAUUAUGCACAGUAAUAGUCACCUGCACACACAGAUAUCCCCCUAACAUAGCUAUAACUAAAAACAAACUAAAAACUACUUCCAAAAAUAUUCAGCUUUGAUAUUAAUGAGUUUUUUGGGUUCAUUGAGAACAUGGUUGUUGUUCAAUAAUAAAAUUAAUCCUCAAAAAUACAACUUGCCUAAUAAUUCUGCACUCCCUGUAUAUAUAUAUAUUAAUAACAAAAUACAGUUAGAAUGAAAUUACAUAUGAAUAUGUAAUUUAUACAAAAUUUUGUUUCAAUAUUUUAUUUUAUUAUUUUAUUUAUUUAUUAUUGUAAUUAUACGUGUAUAUAUAUAUAUAUAUAAUAUAUGUGUAUAUAUCUAUUAUAUAUAUAUAUAUAUAUAUAUAUAUAAUAUAUAUAUUAUAUAUAUGUCAUGUCAUUCUAAGUGUAUUUUAAUACUAAUAUAUGUACUUAUAUUAAUAUUAAAAUACACUUUGUAUGAUGUUACAUAUAUAUAAUAUGUAUAUAUAUAUAUAUAUUAUAUAUAUAUAAUAGAGAUACAUAUAUUAUAUAUAUAUAUAUAAAUACAUUUCUAUUUUAAUUUUAAACUUGUCUAAUUAUUUUUUUUAUACUUCCCACCAGCAGGGGGACUGUCUGACAUUUCAGACAGUCCCCCUGCUGGCAGAUCCACAGCCAGCUAUAGGGGGCCUUAUUUGCCGGGGGAGGGCUGCCUGUUCUGUCAGGCAACCCUCGAGAAGAGGAUUGCGGCGGAGCUAAGUACCUCCGAUCUCCAGGGGCUCAAAGCAACGGCUUAAUAGCCCCCUAAAUGUGGGACGCCAUAGAACGCCGUAACGGCGUUAACGGGUUAAAGGCAUCCAAAGGUAGCCCUACAUCAAAUAAACCAUAGCCUUUUAUAAAAGAUUAUCUGAAACAAAAUAAAAAUGCCCACUAAGAGGAUACAAAAUGGCAAAUAGAUGAAAAAAAGAUAAAAAAUAAACCAGAAAAACGCCUCUGCUUUUUUUCACCACAUCCCCCAGGUAGCAAAUCAAAUCUGUCGGAAUCCCUUUUGUUAGAUAACCCACUAGUGGGAGACAUCAGUAAACAACAAAGUGAGGAAAAUGAAGAACCAAGACUAGAAGGAAAUUACUAUGACAACUUAAACAUCUAGAUAUACAAUUUGGGGAAAUGAUAGAAGAAAUUCAAGCAAUUACUUUGGAGAUUAAGAAAGAAUAAUUGACUCUUGGUUCACGAAUCGAAGGUACUGAGGAAAAACUAGGCCUGAUGGAACAAAGGGAAAAGGUCCUCCGAGAAGAAUAUAUGGCACUAGAAAGAAAAAUGAUUGAUGUGGAGAACAAAUUGAUAGACCUGGAAGACAGGUCAAGAAGAAAUAACCUAAGAAUCAGAGGAAUACCAGAACAAAUACACACAAUAAACCUCAAAUCAUACGUAGAAGGUUUUAUCAAACAUUUGGAGGUUGAUUGGGACUACAAAAAUCCUAUGAUGGAUAGGUGUCAUAGAGUGAAUAAACUAAAAGGGGUCCCAGCCCAUCUACCAAGAGAUGUAAUGAUAUGCUGUGCCUCUUUUAAACUCAAGAUACAAAUAAUAAGAGCUACAAGAGAGUGUAAAUGCGCAAAAGAGUAUGAGACUCUGAAAAUAUUUCAGGAUCUAUCAUGGCAAACCAGACAAAUGAGGAAAACCUUUAUAGACAGCAUCACUAUAUUGAGAAACAACGACGUGAAAUACCGAUGGGGUUUCCCCAAGAAAAUCAUUAUACUACACGAUGGUAGGUCUAUUCCCUUUAGCCAAGCAGAAGACCUAAAAAGCUGGAUAACUGCAAAGAAAAUUGGAAGUGGCACCAAAAAUCCAUCAACAAACAAUGCCUUAGCAAAUUAAAAGAAGGAAAGGAAGAAUGAGAAAGGGAAAGGAGGGAAUGGGAAUGAUGGAAGGGAAAAGGCGAGGAAAAGAAAGAAAGUGAAAGAGGGAAAUUUGCAUCAGCGAGAUUAGACUCCUCAAAUAGAGAAACCAAAUCAGAAAAAGCAUGGGGAACAAAAGGAAUUAGGUUAAAAAAAUAAUAAUAAUAUAUAUAUAUAUAUAUAUAUAUAUAUAUAUAUAUAUAUAUACAUACAUAUAAAACAAGGGAGGGGUUGUGUGUAUAUAUAUAUAUAUAUAUAUAUAUAGUUAUAUGUAGAUAUUUUUUUUAAAUGUGUUUUUUCUCUGCAUGUGAACAGGGUACUAGGGGAUAAUGUGCAAAUAAAAUUAACAAAAGGAAUAGGAGAAAGGAAAUUAGAAACUAGGAAAUACUAAAUUUAGACAAUAAGAUAAAGAUAGAAAUAUAUAUCACAUUUAUGGUUUGAUCAAUUACAAAACACUCACUUAAGUUAAUACAUAAGACACGAAAGGAAGUAUAAACACCCUACAUUAAGGUGAAUAACUAGCAAAAUUGAUACUACACAAAAUGUAGACUAAACACAAGAAGGAUAAAUUAUGAUAAGAUGGAUAUAAGGGCACUCUCUUAUACUAGAAAUUACACAAACUAAUGAAUUAAAGAAAGAUAUCACAACAGUACGAAGGAAGGAUGAAUAUAAAAUAUACACAGGUAAUGAGUUAAAGGGAAACUCCAGUGCCAGGAAAACAAUCUGUUUUCCUGGCACUGCAGGUCCCCUCUCCCUUCCACCCCCCAAUCCCCGGUUGCUGAAGGGGUGAAAACCCCUUCAGUAACUUACCUGAGGCAGCGACGAUGUCCCACGUCGCUGCUUCUUCCUCCGCCACCGCUCCUCCCUGUGAUUGCGUCGGCCGGUGGGCGAGACUGAUCCCGCCCACGGGCCUUGGAGACCGCAUGCGCAUUAGAACUUCCCAUAGGAAAGCAUUGAAAAUGCUUUCCUAUGGGGAAAUGAGCGACGCUGGAGGUCCUCACACAGCGUGAGGACAUCCAGCAAUGCUCUAGCACAGGUUUCCUGUGCUAUGAUGCAGGAAGUGCCCUCUAGUGGAAGUGCCCUCUAGACAGCCACUAGAGGAGGAGUUAACCCUGCAAGGUAAUUAUUGCAGUUUAUAAAAAACUGCAAUAAUUACACUUGCAGGGUUAAGAGUAGUGGGAGUUAGCACCCAGACCACCCCAAUGGGCAGAAGUGGUCUGGGUGCCUGGAGUGUCCCUUUAAGAAGGGAAAAAGAAAAAGAAAGUCUAUUAUUUUUUUUUAUUAUUAUUCUGCCUCUGUAACAUUUUUAAAAAGGUUUCCUUUAGAAAGUCUAUCCUCAGAACCCACUUCCCACACGGUUCAUGGGAUCAACAUUCAAAUAAUGUGUUUAUUUACUCGCGGUAUAGUAUGGCGGGGGAUUUUUGCCAUACAAAGUCUUUGUCUAAUGUUGAGUCCAGUAUUCUGGAACAACCUGUCUUUUUUUAUGUAAUUAUAAACAAAUGUCAUUUUCCGUUCAAUAAAUGCCCAUGGGAUCAACAUGCCUAGCAAAAGGUCCAUAAUUUUAGAUUUCUUGAUUAGAAAUCGGAUAUAAAUUUGUGCGUUGCAAGGUCACACUGGGAAAAAUCUAUCAAUAACACAAUUAGCUCAGCAAAAUACCCCAUUAUUAUAAGUGCUGCUCUGAAAAAAAAAAAAAAAGAGGCUUGUUGGCCAAAAAUGUCUCUCUAAAUAGUUUAUAUCAAGAAUUAGAUCUUGAAGGUCAAUAUAUUAUUUUAGUAUGUGAAAUAAAUAAUAAGUUAUUUACACUAGUUAAUAUUUAUGCACCAAAUAAAUUGUAUGGCAAAAGUAUUUAAGAAAGUAGAGCAAAUUCAGCAAGGACUGACAUUGAUUAUGGGGGAUUUUAACAGUGUGAUUGAUCCAUUAAAAAAAUAGAAAGAGUCAGAAUGAUAAAAAAAUUAGGAUACCAAAUGAGGAUAGAUUGCAAAAUUUACUGAACAACUACAAUUUAAGAGACAUAUGGAGAAUAUUCCACCCUUCUGAUCUGGAUUAUACAUGUAACUCUAGAACAUAUAACUCUUAUUCUAGAAUAGACCUCAUAUUGGGAAAUGUGAGCAUGUUGUAUCUUGUUAAAAGAAUAGAAAUACAAGUCAUAACAUGGUUAGACCAUAGUCCAAUCGUGUUAGAAUAUAAAGAUACCUUUGACAUCUUCCGUAAAGAUUGGCGUUUGGGAGACCAUAUACUACAAAAAAAAUAACGUUGAAGAUAUCAAGAAAAUAACUUUUAUUUUAUUAUUUAAUAAUAAAAAAGAUCUUUUUUUUAGAAAACAAGAAUAAAGAUACAUCAGACAUCACGGUCCGGUGCGCGUACAAAAGUGUACUUAGAGGGCAUAUGAUAAAAAUGUCAGCUAUCGAAAAAAAAAAGUACCACCCUCCAGGAACUAUAUAUAAAACUAAGUGAUUAUAAAAUUUUUUUUAAAAUAAAUUAACACUUCUACACAAACAGCAAUUAAGAUAAUCAGCUAACAAACAGAGCAGCCAAAAUGUUAGAACGAUUCCAAGUCAAGUGGUAUCUAAAAGGUAAUAAACCAGACGCAUUAAUGACCAAUAAAUUGAAAAAAGAAAGGUACAAAAGAGUAAUAUAUAAAAUUAAGGAAAACGAAACAUAUGUAAUAGCCCCAGAAAAAAAUAGGAAGUGCAUUUGAAAAAUUCUACCGAUAUUUGUAUAACUUACCAGAAGAAUAUUAUUAGACGGAAGAAGAAAUUGAGAAAUUCUUCAAGGAUAUACAAAUGCCAAAAAUUCUGCCUGACCAACUGAAACUGCUUAAUCAACCCAUAACAGAAGUAUAGGGUAGUAAAGCAAUAGAGAAGCUUAAAAUAAAGACCGCUCCAGACCCGGACGGCUUCACAAAUAAAUAUUACAAAUUAAUGAAAGAUCAGAUAAAAGGAGAACUUACAAAUAUUUGUAACUACAUAAUGGGAUCAGGAAGAUGUGCUGAGGAGAUACUGAGAGCGAAUUUAGUCCCUAUACAAAAAGUGGACAAAGACCCUGAACUGAUCAGCAAUUAUAGACCUAUUUUGCUGAUUAACACAGAUAUCAAAAUACUAUCCUCUAUUCUUGCUCAAAGGCUAAAGAUAGUAAUACCACAACUAAUUAAUAAUGACCAAGUUGGAUUUAUACCAGGGAAGUCCCCAAUUAAUAACAUAAGGAAAAUAAUAAGCAUACUAGAAGAAACAGAGACAACUGGAAUCCUACUCUUGCUUUUAUCAAUAGAAACAGAAAAAGCAUUUGAUAAGGUGGGAUGGGGUUUCAUGCGUCUGACCUUAAAACAAUUCUGCAUUAAUGGUCCAAUACUACAGGCUAUAUUCGCUCUCUACUACUCUCCAUCAGCCAAAGUCAAAAGGUUAGGAUUUGUGUCACAAUAUUUUAAUAUUAAAAAUGGAACAAGACAAGGGUGUCCUCUUUCCCCUUUACAAUGUAUAAUGGUGCUAGAACCUCUAGCGAUUUUAAUAAGACAAAAUCAGAAAAUCAGAGGCUUUAGGUCGGAUUAGGUAGGACAAUCAAGACUGAAUAUCUAUGCAGACAAUAUUUUACUGACGAUAGAAGAACCAGAAACAUCGGUCCCAGAAAUUACUGAAACAGAUAGAUCAAUACUCUAAAGUUUCAGGAUAUAAGAUUAAUUUAGACAAAUCACUUUUUAUAGCUAAAAAUAUUGAUAAAACAUUUACCGAUUUUCUUGUAAAAAAUAUUGGGCUCCCAGGAAAAAAAGAUAGGCUGAAAUAUUUGGAUAUAACUAUAACUUAAAAUUUAAAAGAUUUAAUAGAAGCCAACCUUUUAUCUUUAUUAAAACAAACUAAUAAAAACUUAAGAGAUUGGAGAGGAAUGGGUAUCUCAUGGUCGGGUAGAAUCAAUAUAUUAAAAGCAUACAUUUUACCAAAAUGGCUGUCCCUAUGAAGAAUGAUACCUCUUAAUUUUUGAGAAAACUGGCUAUCAUUAUUACAUUCAGCUUUUAUAAAAUUAAUCUGUGGUGGUAAGAAAGCAAGGGUGAAAAUUAAAAAUUUAGCUAGGUCAAGACAAGAUGGAGGCCUAGGUUGCCCAGAAAUUUUACAAUGUUAUCAGGCCAGCAGAUUAUUUCAUAUAAUGCUAUCACAAAAUAAUGCAGCGGUUCAUGAGACAUGGUAUAAAAUUGAAAAAGCUAAAACAGGGAUAGGGAAUUUAACUUCACUAUUUUGGAUUCUGAAUCUUAAUAGAAAACGUAUUAAUGAGGCAAGAAAUAAAUCACUGACACUCAAAGAAUUAAUGAGCUGGUGGGAUAGAUUUUUAGCUAAAAUAGGACUUAAGAAUAGAAUAAUUGAGGCACUUCCACUAUCAUUUCAGAUAUGUUAGAUAAUAUAAAAAUAGAACCUUGGAAGACUGGAGGGAUAAGCAAGCUUAGAGAUAUAAUAGGGGGACAUCAAAUUAAGUAAUUUAACCCCUUAAGGACACAACUUCUGGAAUAAAAGGGAAUCAUGAUGGAAUAUUUCCGUCAUGUGUCCUUAAGGGGUUAAUCAAAUUAGAGAGGAAUGUUCUAUCUCAAUGAAUGAAAUCUUUGGUUACUUGCGAAUUAAAAGCUUUAUGGCAGAAUACCUCCUUAAAAGUAAGGAAAGAAAAGUAACUAGUGCAACGGAAAACUGUACAACAACAAAAUGCAAAUACAGUGUAGGGCACCACUUUCACAAACACAGUGGUGAAUAUAAUUACCAACUGCAUGAUGAGCUUGAAGAACUCACAUAAAGAUAAAAAAGAAAUUUCAUAGUGCAAAAUAGCUUUAAUUAACAAACAGAAUAAAAAUGGAACACUCACAAAUAAAAUGGCACAAUUAAAAUGAAUCAAUAUGUGCAAAAGUGUAUUAGCCUAUAAUAGGCUGUUACGCUGGAUACAGCAGUCUUUAAGGAGGUAGUUCAGUGCUUCAGCGAUUUUCCUUCACUGGCUGCCUAUCAGUUCAAGUAAUUCUGGUACCUCUAGCUGCCGAAAUCCUUCCUGGGCUGUAUAAAGUGCUCAGCGCAUUUCGUCUCUUUGUUGCAGACUUCCUCAGGAGAAUGUUCGUUCUUCUACGAUCGGCGAUUUAAAUCUGCCGGGUUGCGUCCUCUUGCGACGUGACAUCAUCAUGCCAAAUGUCUGCCGCCCACGUGUGUUCCAUUGUGGAACGUAGAUUAACUUUAUUUAUUUCGGCACAUUGGACGGGACUCGGCUAUCUAUGUAACAAGUGCCGGUCUAUAGCCCUAUGCAUUGUAACAUGAAAUCCACCAAUCUAUUUAGUGUGUGCAAAACAACUGUGAAUAUAAAAAAAACUCUGAAUAUAAAAAAUAUAUCAUAUACGGUAGUUGUGAUUGUGAUUACAUGAAGCUAUUUAAAAACUACCUUGAUGCAUGUAAACCAUAGAUUGGUGGAUAAAUCGUAAAUUAGAAAUAACAAGGUAUAUAACAGAGAUAAAGUGUUCAAUAAUUAAGGUGAUAAUACCCAUCAAUAAAAUAUUUUCAUAUAGCUGAUCCAUUAAAAUAUUAUCCAUUUAAAAAUGACAAAUUCAUCUCAGAAUAGCAAAUUCAUUCAUCAGACAAGGAAAAUCAUGAUAUCAAGAAUAUCAAAUUAAUAUUCAGGAAAGUAUUUGGGAUACACAAUCUUUAAAGAAGCAGAAUAAAAUAAAAAUAGAUAUAAAAAUAGGAAUAAUUUACUAAAAUAAAUAAAUAAAAAUGUAUAUAGACAUUUACUUGUGAUGACCCCUAGGAGAUACAAAAACUGAGAUAAUUAUAAUAUACUGGCAUAAAAAAAACACAUAUAUAAAAAGAUGAAUAAAAAGUUUUAAAACUGUAAAAGUGGCUAUGACUCUAGGCAUUUCAAUGGAAUCAAUCCAUAAAAACCAGAAUAUCCAAAUCUGUAUUGAGACCGUCUGGAAUUGAGGUCUUCAAUGUAAAAAUCCAUUCGGUCUCUUUCAUGGCAAGUCGCUUUUCCAUUUCACCUCUUCUCCAAUGGGGGGUGACAAUGUCAAUACCAAUGCAGCUAACAUUUUCAAAUUUAAAUUCCUUGCAGUUGUUGCAAUGCCUUGGUACACAGUGUUUGACAUUAUUUCUCUUGAUGCCAUUGAAAUGUUCUAGAAGUCGUACAUGCAAUUUACGUAUAGUGCCUCCUAUAUAUUGUAUGCCACAUUUACACUGUAGCAGAUAGGCCACAUUUUUGCUUUGGCAAUUUAUAAAAUGUUUAAUGUUAAAAGACUCCCCUGUACUAUAGCUUUUAAAAUCUAAUAUUUUAUAGGUUUGAAAUUUACAAGUGCUGCAUCUGCCGCACUUGUAAAAAAAUAUUGGUUUUCCUAUUAAAAAACUAUUGUUAGUUGUCAUUAGGUAUUUGCUUAUCUUUAGUUCUGAUAGGACGCUUGGAGCUAAAAUGGAUUUAAGAUUCUCCGUUCUUUUAUAUGCGGUUUAUUAGGUAAAACAUUUUUUUUUAAAUUCAUCCUGAACUAAAAUUGGCCAAAACGUCUUAAUUGUUUUUUCAAUUGAGUAGGCCUUACUAUUAUAUUUUGUAAUAAAUGCCAUAUUAAAAUCUUUGUUCUCUGGUUUUGUUAUUUUAAAUAAAAAAUCUCUUCUAUUAUGCUUUUCCACUUGUUUCUGUGAUUCUUCUAUAAGAUCCAUUGGAUAAUGUCUAUUAUUAAAUUUUUUAUUUAAAACUUGUGCUUGCAUUCUAUAAAUCUUCCUUCUCAGUACAAUUUCUGUAUAAUCACAUAUGUUGUCUUUUCGGGAUAUUUAUGAGCCAGUAAGGAUGAUGGCAACUAGAAAACUCAAUAAAACUGUUGCCAUCAGUGGGUUUAAAAAUGUUCUAUUCUGUAUAUAUCCAUCUUUGAUAAAAAAGGUAAGAUCCAGGAAGUUGAUUUCAGUUGAUUGUACUUCCGCAGUGAAGACUAAAUUAUAAAAAUUAGAAUUAAUAUAAUUUAAAAACUCAUCUAAAAUAGCUCUAAGGCCUUUCCAAAUAAUCAAGACAUCGUCUAUAUAUCGCUUCCAGAGCACCAGGUUUGUGCCAAAAGGGUUGUUGUUCCAGAUGUUAUUUUUUUCCCAGUUUGCCACAAAAAUAUAGGCAUAGCUUGGCGCAAACCUGGUGCCCAUUGCAUUACCACAUGUCUGUAGAUAAAAACUACCAUUGAACCAAAAAAAAUUGUGGUAAAGAAUAAAUUCAAUGGCACUUAAAAUGAACUCAGUCUGCAAUACGCUCAUAUGGGGGUCUGCCUCCAUUGUCUCUCUUACUGCUUGUAUGCCCUUCAUAUGGUCAAUGACGGUGUAGAGCGAAGUUACAUCUACUAUUGCCCACAAAUAAUGCUCUUCCCAGUCACGACCUUCGAGUUCUAAAAUAACUUGCCUUGAGUCUUUAAUAAAAGAGCGAGCUUGAACUAUGAACCUCUGUAAGAAAAAAAAUCCACAUAUUCUGAAACAUUACUAGUCAGGGACCCAAUACCACUGGUGAUUGGUCUCCCAGGUGGAUUGUCCAAUCAUUUGUGAAUCUUUGGCAAAAAAUAGAAAACUGCCAACCUUGGUGAUUUCACAAAUAAAUAAUCAAAUUCUUCUCUGCUUAUAACCUUAUUGUUAAAACCUUCAUUUAAUAAAGUCAAUAGUUGUGCCUUAAAAAUUUCCAUUGGAUUGCUCUUGAAAAUCUUACAUGUAGUUGUAUCACCCAAUAUGCGCAUUGCUUCUCUCAUAUAGUCUUCAUGGUUUAAAAUCAAUAUCCCUCCACCUUUAUCAGCCUACUUUAUGACUAAGUCUUGGUUUUCUUUUAAUUGUUUUAGUGCCAUUCUUUCUCUUUUUGUUAGAUUUUCUUUCCCGCUGUUUUUGGAUAGCUUAUUGAAUUCUGAUAAAAUCAUUUUACUAAAAACAGGGAUGAAUUCUCCCUUUUCCCAUGUUGGAAAAAACUUAGACUUAUGUUUCAAGUCUGUAUGGACUAUUUCUAGGUUAUUAGAAUCAUCUUCCAAAACGUUCUCUCCAGUAAUAGAUUCCAACUCCUUGGUGUUAUUCACUUUUUAAUUUUAAUUUUUUUUUUAAGAGUUAGUCUCCUUAAAAACUUUUGAGUGUCGAUAAACAACUCAAAUGAAUUAGGACCUUUCUGUGGGGCAAAUUUUAACCCUUAAUUGAGUACUCUUAAUUGUUCCUCAUUUAGAGUUUUGCUGGAAAGAUUAAAAAUGCCCUCGUUAUUUGAAACUACAUUUAAUCUUACAAGAAACUAGUCUCAUUCACCUCUUUAAACAAAAAAAAAAAUACAAAAAUCUGUUAAGGUUGUAUAUAACAUGAUUAACAUAUAGAACUGAUCAAAAAAAUGGAACAAGAACUACAAAUACAUAUAAAGGAAGAAGAGUUGAUAAACUCCCUAAGUAAAUUCUAUAAAUAUAUACACUGUCUAAAUCUUACAGAAACACAAUUUAAACUUUCAAAUAGAUGGUAUUUAACACUGCAACGUUUAAAGAGAAUUUACCCAGUGACAUCGAAUAGGUGCUGGAGAUGCAAUGUUAACAAAGGCAGCCUAAUCCAUAUUUCGUGGCAAUGCAUACCCAUAAACAAUUAUUGAAAAGAUAUAAUAAAAGUAAUACACCAAAUAACUGAUAUGAAACUAGGCUUUGAACCUGGAGUAAUCGUAUUAAAUCUAGGAUGGCCAAUAAUGAGAAAACAAGUAUUAAUGUUACUAUAACACUUUACAAAUGCAGCCAAACUACUUUUAGCACAAAAUUGGAAAACAUGAAAAAUCCCAAGUAUCAAAGUAUCACAAGUCAUCUGGCAGGCAAAAAUGGAAAAAGGUAUUUUAAUUAAUUUGGGAAAAAGAAAUAUCCAGAUAUAAGAGUGGGACAUGUGGAUAAAGAAAAUGGAAACACUAAUCUAAUAGUUACACAAAUAUGUAAGAAAUCUUCCCAAUUAAUAACAUAAAGAGACAAGAAGUUGACCCUGGUAAAAACGGGCGAAUAAAUAAAAACAAAAAUAAUAAAACCGUAAAGCGCAUAGGAUGGUGAUCUCUCUCUCCAAGAGACAAAUAAAUAAAAAAGGAUGGAAAUAAUGGAAUUUGUAAUAGGAUCUAAAGAAAUGUUGUGGGGAGGGUAUAGAGUGGGCAUAAUGGGGAAUUAGACAAGGUAUAAAGAAUGUAGUUUUCUCCCUCUUGCUUUCUUUGUCUUCCCCUAUUGAUUAACUUUAAUUAGGAAAGAAGCGAACCCAAAUCAAUGUUUGGGAAGCUCAAAAAAGGGAUGAUAAUCCAAGGGGAAGAAGGAAGGGAGAAAAAUUAAAUGAUGACGGAGUACCAAUGCCUAUACUACAUAAGUAAUAACGUAAUUAUAUAAUAGCAAGUACAAGUCUGAAAUGUGUAAAAAAUGUUUACACCCCUCCCUGUCAUAGGUGCCUCAUUCAAGGGCCCUAUUUAGCCUUGACCUGCAGAGAGUCCAAGAGAAAGCAUUUUCCAAGCAAGUGGAUUAAUCUCAUAAGAGCAGUCACUAGAUUGCUAUAGUAAGACCUGCAAGAAUGGGGUACAUUGAUGUUGUGGCAGGCUAAUGCAAUGUAUGAUCAUAUACUGUAACCAAACCCCUAUUAUUUUUUGCCUAGAUGAGGUGUUUUUAAAUAAACCUAUUACAUUCUGUGAGACUUGAAUUUGCUGUUUAGUGUAUAAGCAAGUGAGCUGGUUCUUGCAUGAUAUAUAUAUAUAUAUAUAUAUAUAUAUACAUAUAUAUAUAUAUAUAUAUAAAUAGUUUGUAGGCUUAGCACUCCUGCUUCAUGUCUUUAUCGCCUGGUGCUCGACUGCACUGCAUAUAACCAGGGUUUAGGAGAUAGUCAGAGUACCUUUGUCCUGAUGAAAGUUCCUGCAUGAACUGAAACGUUGACUAUUGGGAAUCUUCAAUAAAGAACGUCUAUUUCUCUAAAGACCUUGAUUGCUGACUAUCUCCUAAACCCUGGUUUUAUAUAUAUACACAGUGGGUAUCCAGGGCCCCAUUCAGACAAAUUGAUGGCAAUGAUGGUGGUCCUGGUAGAGUGUGUGUGUAGGGGGGGGACAUAAUGUAUAUUCACCUUUUUGGAAAAAGAUUCUUGCACUGGCCCUUUUCAGGCUUCACUUUUAUCAAUUGACACCUAUUAAAAUAAAUGUAUCAUGCUAAGCAACAACAUUAUUAAUUCACUCUUGUGAACUUCAUUUUCCAAGCAUGUCUAAGUGACAAAAAGCAGGGAAAUACUGCCGCAAAUUACACAUUUUAUCUUGAAUUUGUAGAAAUAAAUUACAGCCUCUCACCACUGGUUAUUUGUUACUUUAUAUUAUAUUCUUAUAUAUGUAUAUUGAAUAAUGUUUAAUAUAAAUUUUAUAUGUUAUUUGCUUCUUUUCAGUUUUCAAUUCAUCAUGAAGAUCAGCCAAUCUUUCCUGUUCCUGCUUUGCAUUACUCAGAGGAUGCCUUGGGUUGGUGGAGAUUGUUUGUACAAUGCAGUCCUUAGGUAUUGCUCUUGCUCACUUGUAGAUCUGACCAAUAUUGUGAGUAUUGUGUCUUGCAUUCAAGCAUCUAGUUUCGAGUUCCAAGGAGGGAGUUUCAUAGAUACUCAAGAUUACAUUUUAUACAACGUGGAAAUGGAGCAGGUACUAGCUAUGAUCCGCAUUCCGUUGACCAAGGUCACCUUUGUAAAUGUAGUGUUGUCUGAAGAGUUUUUGUCUACAUUUUUAAAAUGGGUUUACAGAAUACCAAUUGAAGUGCUUGCAUUUGAGAACACGAAGUUUGUUGGCCAGCCAAGCUGGCUGUAUAUAAGUGAAUCACCACCUCGAAUAUCAUCUCUCCGAUUUAUCAACAUAUCUUCUUACCCAUUGUUUGAUAGACCUGCUACUUUCCCUGCUCUUGGGAGUUGGAUAUACAAACUGGAAGAGCUAACCAUGAAGAAAUCUAAUUUAAAGAGCAUACCAUGCAAUGCCAGUCUACACUUUAAAGAUCUUACGUCUUUAGAUUUGUCUGAAAACCUUCUUGACGAUCAUGAUAUAUUUUCUUUGUUUUGUCCUGAUGCUUUCCCUAUGUUGAAAACAUUAAUACUCCGACAUAAUAAUUUUGUUAAUUUGGAUACCAUAUGCCAGACUUUGAAGAAAUACAAUCAAUUAGUACAGCUAGAUUUGAGCCAGAAUAACUUAUCCAAUGUGUCAACUUCUUUUUGCAUUUGGAAGCCAUCUAUACUAUUCUUAAACCUUUCUGAUACAGGUUUGGAAGAAAUUAACUAUAAUCUACCACAGAAUUGUGACGUGCUAGAUUUAAGCUACAACAAGCUUGAUUAUCUGAAUAUCUCAUUACCUAACCUGAAAAAACUAUAUUUGUCUUACAACAAAUUUAUCACUAUUCCAACCACAGCCAAACUUCCAAGAUUAGAGAUGUUAGCUUUAGAUGGCAAUCCCAUAAAAACACUGCAACUGGGACAACUUCAGUAUUACAAACAUCUGAACAGUAUUAAGGCAGAUAGUAUUCCAUAUUUGUGUUCCUGUUCUCUUAACCAUGAAAUUAAAGAAAUAAAAAAAACUGGUUUGAUUCUGGAGGGCUGGCCGGAUGGAUACACAUGUGAUUCCCCCAUUUUAUUUCAGGGGAAGCUAGUCAAUGACGUGAACCUAUCAUUCUUUGAGUGCCAUAAACCUCUGCUGACAGUUGUAAUCUGCAUUGUGGUAUUAUUAGUGUGUAUUGCUACGGUCAUUUGCUCUGUGAAGAUUCAUCGAAGAAAUAAAACAAGGUCACGGAAUAUGCAAACAGGAAAUUUAAGCACUGUCAAAUUCCAGUCAUAAAUUUGUUUUGGUAUAAAGAAAAUUCUUUCAGUUGUCAGUUAAAGGGAUUCCCUGUAGUGCCCAUGUCCCUCCCACCCCCAUCCCAAAUUGCUGAAGGGGUUAAAACUCCUUCAGUGACUUACCGGAGUCCAGCGCCGAUGUCCCUCGGUUCUGGUCAGGCUCCGCCUACUCUCUGCCAACGUCAGCCGGCGGGGGAGACCUAAUGCACAUGCCCGUCAAUGGCCGCACACGUGCAUUAGACCUCCCCAUAGGAAAGCAUUAUUUAAUGCUUUCCUAUGGGGAUUUUGGCGAUACUGGGGUCCUCACAUAGCGUGUGGACGUCCAGCGUUACUUACAACACCUUUCGUCUGUCUGAUAGACAGCCACUAGAGGAGGACUUAACCCUGCAAGGUAAAUAUUGCAGUUUAUGAAAACUGCAAUAAUUACACUUGCAGGGUUAAGAGUAGUGGGAGUUGGCACUCAGACCACUCCAAUGGGCAGAAGUGGUCUGGGUGCCUGGAGUCUCCCUUUAAGACAGAAAUACUAAAAUAGGUACUAGUCUGGUAAUCCUUUAACUACCAAACACAUUUUGUUUGCAAAAAUAUUAGAAUAACAGUUUUUGAAAUAUGAGAUGCAUAGCUAGCAUGUACACGCUUGAUAAAACAGUAAUUUUGUGUAUAUAUUGCUGUUGAGAAAAACUAAACAAGCAAAUUUUGGAAAUUGAUAUGAUUUUUAUGUUUCAUUUAUUCAUUCAUCCUUUCUAAAACGUAAAUGUUUAUCUAAUAUGAGUAUAAACACAUUUCCUCCCACACAUAGUAAUUGUGACAAAAAAUGAGAAUUAAAAAUGGUCAGACACUGCUUAUAUGUAUUUGUAAGGACCCUGA